AUGAAGUCAAAGCACCGUACAACUUUCUACAAAUUCCGAGAGAAACCUAACGUAAUUAGAUUCAAGGAAAUUGCAGUUGUGACAACAUCGACACAAUGCAACGAGCUUGCCAGAGCGCUAAUUAUGGACGAAUUUUCCACGAAAUUGAUUGCUUUUGCAAUGAUGAUUUGCUUACAUGUGACCGAGGUUCACAAGACCGGAUUCGGAGGAUCUUCAACGAUCGUAACUGUCGACUUGAAUGCAUCAAAGCCUUGCGACGUCCUGGAUACGUUUGACUUGUUCGACUUCCCUCUUUUCGAGGGCGCAAAAAGAGAGUACAAAGUUGAUCGAUGUACAUUUAAAAGGCUCGAUGGUCUGCCUUUCCAUACCAUUGCAGCACCAGGAGAACUUUUAACAGCAGGGGCUUUACUGAAUGGAGUUGAAAGAAAGCAUUUCCUACGACUCAAAGGAUUUUUGGAGAACUACCAACACAAAACAUAUGCUCUUUCGCAUUCCAUCAGCGAAGCUAACAGACAGUUCUCACCGCGGCUUGUAUUCAGCAAUGAACUGGAUUGGAUGUUUGAUAAAAACGAGGACUACCGGCCAUUGGACGAAGGAGAGAAGUAUUCAAUUCCGAUGAGAUUGUUUGAUCUUAUUACUCAUGAAAAUAUUAUAAAUAACUCAUCUCCUGAAGGAAUCAUAAAUGGCACGGCUUUUAUUAGCCAAGCUCUUUAUAAUUUGGAGUUCAUACUCCGUGAACCUUGUACAGAGAAAAGCUUCCUUUUUAAAAAUUAUGAUCUCUUUGUGUUCCCAAAUAUGAAAGAAAGGUAUAGUCGAGGACGGAAGAACUUUGAACAACCAUUUGACGAUGAAAGGCUUUGUAUGCCAGCACCGUUCGGCGAAAUUAUCUCAGAGGCAGAAUUCACAUCCAGGCGCACUCGAGAUGAGGGUCCAAUUACACGAAGAAUUCUCGAUAUGUUCGAACACAUAAAAGCAGUCUACGACAAAGUACGAUCAACAAGCACUGGAGGAGACACUCAACAACAAAAUGUUUCAAGGACAAAAACAAAAAGCCAGGAGCAGAGAACACGAUCUGAUGAUAACGGAUUCAGAACUAUGAGAAGUAAAGAUAUUCCACCAGAAGAUCUUGGAUCUUGGCACGCAAGCACGUUUACAAUUGUGAAUCAAAAGGAGAAACAGGCCAUCGUUUACGUCGGAGCGCUUGGAAGUUUUUUUGGAUCCAAGAUCAGAACUACAAAUGAUUUCUUCCUGAACAACAUGCUCAGCAUGUAUAUGCGCAAUGGUGAAAAAGAUAAACUCGUCCGUCUUCUUCCAGCUGUCGUCUUCAACAACAAAACGAAACAGAUCAAACUUGCAUUUUCGGCGAUUGGUGGAGGUCCUCAGCAUUCUUUAUCGCUGCCACGAACAAUUUCCAUGCUAUGGAUGUACAGGAAGGGCAUGAACAUUUCUGAAACAGUUGGACAUCCACUUGCAUUCCCAGGAAAUGCAGAAGGAGAUAUUGUGUUCAAAGACAGAGUCCCAUAUUUGGAAUGGCUACAUAGGAACUAUAACGUGAGCGAAGCUGCGCCUGGGUUACCGGACGAAAUUGUGGCCAUUCAGCUUCAAAAUGAAACGACUGGAGAAAUGGACGCACUACAUGUGAACCAUUUCGAUGAAUUUAGCUACAUGCCAAUGGGACUUUAA